UGUACACGUACAAUUAAGUACGUAACCGAGUUUGUCUAGACGGUGUUGAUCGCCAAAAAUUUACGCUCGGUCAAUAUCAGCUAGAUGCAUACAAUGAAAAAAGGCCAAAGUGAAAUAUCUUCUGAAUCUUCCAAUGAAGAUUAGGUAAUAUUCUAUUGUCAUUUGCUAGGUCUACUAAAAACGAUGAAAAUAAAAAGAGAUGAAAUGAAGUAGCAUAUCUGUGGGGAACAUUAGUGACACGUGUCAUAAGCUACCGUUCAGAAGGUUUGCGCUAAUUUGUGGCCAAUCACACAGGCGCACAGGAGGCACGGAGAUCCGCUGUGUGUCUCUAUCACAGAAAUUCUGCAUUUUUCAACACGUCUGAAUUGUGCACUGCAUUUUGGUGUAAAAAAGGGAAAACAACUAUAAAAAGGAAAAAAAAUCCGUCUUUUUGUCGAUAUUGAGCAAAACGAAAACAGGGACAAAUUUGACUACUUUCAGUCGUAGUUAAUGCUGAGGUCUGUUUGUCGGGGUAAUACUCGGGGGCCAUAUGUUCUUCGCGCACGACUUUAUUUCACUACAAACCAUGUCUGUCUAUCUGUCUGCGACUGUUCGGUAGUCUGUUGAUGCUGCCGCUUGCUGUUGACGUUGUCGUCGUCGUUGAGGUCGCCGCCGCCGCCGCCGCCGCUGCUGGGUUAACAAAGUCUGUCGCUUCUACUCUCGCACAAAUGCGCUACUACUACUGCUGCUGGUUGCGAUAAAUACCACGGUAUAGCUUAGCACAAGCGAAGCAGGACACAAACUUACGGCUACGCACCGAGCAACGGCUUUGCGCAAAGCGGUGUGGCCGACUAUACGUUAGCCAUGAUUGUAGAGCGGUUACGAUCAUAGCCUGUUGGUAGCUCGUUUUUCUGUUUGUCCGUUUCGGCGACUCAUUGGCCUGGAGUAGUACAUUGCCGGCACUGGGACUCGGCGGCACCCCAACGAUCCUGGAGCGAGUUUCCGACUGAGCGAUUGAAAGCCGCCAUUUGUUCUGCCCGCCGUUUUGUCUGCCUGGCAGAACUGACGUCGAUUCCGCUCGAAUGGGAAAGGACCGGUACAUGCGCGCGCAGAGGAGGAAGGCAGGCCCUCCACUUACUUCGAAGUCACCAUUAGUAGUAGCAGCGACGGUAACGGCAGCAUCAGUACAACCAUCUCGUUGCAGAGGGCCUGACCAACUCAACUCAAAGCAGAGUUACGCCAACGAACGAUACGCUGCUGGGGCAGCCAACACGAAGGGUUGGACUAGAAAGCUCUACCCACCGAUACGGCGACGACAGAAGAGAGUGCCGCCGUUACUGGUGAUUGUAGAGAGCUGGUGGAUUGUGCAAUAGCUGUUCUAUCCGCCCUCCUGCAACUACUACCUCGAGUGGGGGUUUGGCCGAGUCGCAAGUAACAACGAAAAAAAACACGAGUUGAACGGAAAACACACGAUCGACCGGCCACUGUCCACCAAGGCCGAGUGCUUCGGAAGGUCAUACAACAGUGAGAACGUUGUCCACAUAGGAGGCCAACAGCGGUGGCAGGCAGUAACCACGACAGCGAGACUGCAGGCUGUGCUGCCGAUUACGUAACGUCGUAAAACCACAUCGUUUUUUUGCAACAAUCGUUGAAAAACGGUUUCUGUCGCUAACUAACCCGCCCUCGAUGUCGCCGUGACACGUACCGUUUAUGUGACGCCCAUCAGCGGUUCUCGUAGCCUUAAUGAUGAACACGAACGAUGUAGCGAAAUCUUUUUAGAAACUCCAUCAACGCUCGGGACUGUCGUUACGUUCUCACCAAGAACAGAACGUCGAGACAAAGCUGGAGGAGGAGUCAACCUUUUCGUGUUGACGUGAGAAACGGUACCAGUUUAGGGAAACAAAGAGAGCUAACUUCCUCAAGUCAAUUUCCCUCGCAAGGAGCUGGUCAGAUAUAGGGUCUCGUGCGAGAGCACAGACUGAUAGCGCAGCGUGUCUGCUAACCGAUGAAAGAUAGAUUUGCCUCCAGACUGAUUUUCGAACACCAACAACAACGAAAAACUCAUAACAUUAGUGGAUACUACAGAAAGGUCAAACAAGGCUUUCAUAUAGUGUUCUAAUUUUGGUGUCCAUCUUUCUCCUUCGACAACUCAUUUAUAAUAGCGGAAUAUUGCGCCAUGGAGAUCAGUAAUUCAGUAUAUGACCUGUCGAUAUAUGCCAGUUAUUGUAUACAUACCUGAAUAUAGCUAAUCAGUAUGUGCAUAAUGUUAUCGGUCAGUGAGUAGACGCCGAGCUUCUUUGAAGGAAUCGUAAGCACAGCUGUUGAAAAGCACUGCUGCCAUAACUAUAACGGGUAACGACAGUAAAUAUCAUCGACAAAGUAUACCGUUGGUAUGCCUUGCGCUAUCUAUAUGUAGUACAAUUUAAGGAUAGCAUACAAAUAGUGUAGCAUUGUAGAGUAUUAGAUGCUGUAGACGCAGAAAGAACGAUAAGUAAAUCGUUGUGAACAGCUAGUUCUAGGUUCGAAUCGAAGACCCAAACUUGGUACGCGUGUGUGUACGUGUUUAGUUCCAUGUGCAGCCGACAGCCGCCAGUCAAUUGAAGAAUGAAAUUCAGGUGCGUGCUAAGCAGGUCCUAGUGAUAAAUGUCUAAUCAAUAUAUAGUUCUGUGCCUCGAAGCCGAUGAAAGUAGUGCUGGCAUAGCACGUCAUUGCAUGUUCGUACCUUGUUUACUGUCCGUGACGAGUACUUUUGAUACGUGAAUGGACCAUCGGCUGUCGAAGUAGGGAAUCGUACGAUUGUGUUGCUCACUGAGAGUGUUAGUCACGGCGGCAGGGGUGACGCGAAGUGUGCGAAGGCGCUAGACCACAACGGUCAGCCAUUAGUGUGCAGCGUGAUGCAUUUCUGUGCGUCUGUACAUGUUGACUUCGUGAUGUUUGUUGUUGUUCAUGAUAGUUCAAGGGAUACACCUUACAAUUACAGCUGGUAACCGUUAUUCAAAGCUGCCAAGUGUAGUACAAGGAUUUCCUGAAGAAUUAACGAACGAACCAAGAUCACCAAAGAAACAAAUAUUCCAUCGGCCAUUUGAUUUGAUCUUUUCAAACAUUCGUCGCUUCCAAGAAAGCAUUUUGGGCCGAGCAGUAACACAAAGCUAACAGAAUCACAAAAAAAAAUAGUAACAACUAAGAAUCAAGAACGUUUUGGCGGGACCCGGUUGUCCGUCCGCAGCAGACGCCAUGUCACUAACGAUAGGGUAACCCUGUGCUCGUCUGCGGGUCGCGCCCGGGACGGUAGCGGUACACAACUAAUCUGGUCGUCUAACAAGCGGCUGACUCUUGACGAAACGGCUCGCUCAUCGAAGGCGAUGAAGUUUUGGGGUCAGCUGCGUCUUCUUCUUUGGAAGAAUGGACUCUGUCAUUCGAGGCAGAAGCUCCGAGUAACGAUUGAGGUUAUCUGGCCGCUAUUACUCUUUCUGAUCCUUAUGUGGGUUCGGACACGUGGACUCAAGCUCUACAUACACGAAUGUCAUUUCGAUCAGAAAGCGAUGCCUUCGGCCGGAUUCAUCCCGUUUAUACAGAGCACCGUGUGCACCUUGAACAACACCUGUCAUGAGCGGACCUCCCCCGAUAAUCGUUAUGCGUUUGAAUACAACACGUCCUUAUUAGUGCAGCUGGUGGGCGACGUAGAUAUCAUCGUUAAGAAGAAAUUACAUGGAGACACCCUCAUGUCUAUACGGAAACUCUCUUCCGACCUUAAAGAGCUCUCCGCGUUCGUGAAGAAGGUCACCAAUCCCGAAGCGCCUCUUAAAGGAAAAAUAUGGGUUAAGAAUAUCGUGCGUGCCAAGUCAUCAGGAGAGUUCGUUGACAGCUUCAAGGAGGUUAACCUAACUAUCCCUGAUGAAGUAGUCGACAAGUUUUAUCACUCGUCGCUUAGCGUCAGUGGCCUACAACAGAUAUUUGAUCGGGGUAGGAGUGACGUAUACUCGCAUCUAUGCCGGUCAGAUGCUUUGCAUAAACUACUCAACAUUAGCAACAAGGGCACAACUUCACUACCUGUUCAGCUGUGCAAUUUGGCUGAACCAGAAGCAUUUCUAUUCACGUCGAACGUCGUUCGCAACCUAAACUGGACGGCACUGCUCACCGAAAUGGCCGGCAUCACAAAGCAAAGCGGCUACGAUAUCGGUCUCGAAGACUGGCGGAAAGCGUUGGUGAUCGCGCAGCAAGUUCGAAAAGAAGUUGGCGAGUUAAGCAGCCUGCGCGAAAUGCUCGACAGCCUUUUUAAGAAGGUAUCGGAAAUGAAUCGUCUCAUGGACCUAAGCGAUACGAAUUCGACGAUACGCUUCGUUCAGGCUGUCGUGUGUGGACGAAACUCGACGACGUUGCUUGACACGGAGCACGGUCCAGCGCAGCGGAUAGAAGAGUUCCGCGAGCAGAUCAACCAGAAUCUCCAACAGAAUUCGCAGAGUUCGGAUAAGAACAAAGAUGACAAAUACCUCUACGAUAAUAGCACUUCACAAAGGUGUAAUGCUAUCUUCAAGACGCUCGAAGAAAACCAGAUUACGUUAUUUCUAUGGAAGCAACUGAAGCCAUAUGUUCGGGGCAAGAUUUUGUACUCGCCACGCACAGCCGCUACGUUCAAGGUCAUUGAACGUGUAAACAAAACGUUCGAGCCGCUUCUCGUCGUACGAAAUACGGCACAUCAUUGGACGGCCAGUGUUGCCCCCAAGAUUCUGAGCUGGAUGCAAAAGCACUCAGAUACGGUUGAACAAAUUAAAAAGCUAUCGUCGACGGGCAGUUUGCUAUUUUUGAUCAUGAUGGAGCAACACGUGAACAAUGUAAGUACGAUUGGAGUGACGGGUAACGAGGGAAUUGGCGGUAUGAACACUACCGGUGUUACAGAUACGCUCGGUUGGCUUGCCGAUGUCCCGCAAUAUGUACAAGGCGCCAAUAGGAUCGCUAAGGAAGUCGAAAAUGCCCUCAAUUGCGUUGAAAUGAACCGUUUUGAGGGCUACGACAGAGAAGAGGAUCUUAUGAAAAACGGGUUGAAGCUCAUGGCCGAAAACAAACUCUGGGCCGCUUUGGUUUUCACUAACACGGCAGGAGGAUCGUGGUCUGCCAACAACGGUGAAAUUCCAAAAUUUAUUAGAUAUAAGAUUCGGAUGGAUGCCCAAAAAGUCGACUCCACCAAACGCAUUGAGGACAGAGUAUAUCAUCCAGGGCCUCGAAGGCGGCCUGCCAUCGACCUGAAGUACAUUACAUUUGGAUUCGCCUACCUACAAGACUUGGUUGAGCAGGCAAUCAUUUCGUUGCAUACAGGAUGGGUAAACAAUACGGGUGUCUAUCUACAGCAGUUUCCCUAUCCCUGUUAUAUUUUCGAUCAAUUCAUUGUUACAAUAGCGGAGUCUUUUCCUAUGUUCAUGGUCCUAUCGUGGGUGUAUUCCUUUUCAAUGAUCAUCAAAAGCAUCGUUCGUGAGAAGGAGCUACGCCUUAAGGAGGCGAUGAAGGUGAUGGGUCUCAGCAAUUCCGUUCUAUGGACUGCGUGGUUCAUCAACUCAUUUCUGUUUAUGUUUGUCUCCAGUUUACUUUUGACCCUUAUAUUAAAGUUCGGCAAGAUAUUGGAACACUCGAAUCCGGUAAUCAUCCUACUAUUCCUUAUGUGCUUCGCUUGUGCUACCAUCUCAAAGGCGUUCAUGGUAACGACAUGGUUCUCGCGAGCCAACAUUGCCGCCUGCGCUGGGGGUAUCGUGUUCUUCACACUUUACCUACCUUAUCCGUUUGUUAAACUGUGGACGCACCGAUUUAACAUUCAUGCGAAGGGUGUAGUGUCGCUCAUCUCCAAUGUUGCUUUCGGUCUCGGCUGUUCAUAUCUUGCACAUUUCGAAGAAGAGGGUACUGGAGUACAGUGGUCCAACUUCGCCCAAAGCACAAUGCCCCCCGACAAGUUUAGCAUUGCCCAUGUCAUGGGCAUGCUGCUGCUCGAUUCAAUUCUCUAUUUUGUUUUCGCCUGGUAUAUCGAGGCGGUUUUUCCAGGUCAAUAUGGAGUGCCAAAACCUUGGUAUUUCUUCUUGACUAAAAGCUAUUGGACGGGAAAGCCUAAUAUAUCUAAAGAAAGCCUCGAAGACUCACUUUCGUCUAAUGGCACUCAAGCGGGUCCAGAUUUUGAGGACGAGCCGAAUGAUCUAACGCUCGGCGUAUCAAUACGCCACCUCUCGAAAACCUAUAGCGGCUGUACAAAGGCCGCCGUAAAUAAUCUCAGCCUGAACUUCUACGAAAAUCAGAUCACAUCAUUUUUAGGACAUAACGGAGCGGGAAAGACUACCACUAUUUCGAUUCUGACUGGGUUAUACCCGCCCACAUCGGGUACAGCUAAAAUCUAUGCCCAGGACAUCCGGGAAGACAUGGAUACUAUUCGUCGUUCCCUCGGCGUUUGCCCACAACACAAUGUACUUUUCGACGAGUUGACUGUGUUUGAACACUUAUACUUCUACGCGAAACUGAAGGGCCGCUCGGCCCGAGAAGCAGAAAGGGAGGCGAAGGAGUUUCUGAAAGAUCUCAAUCUGACAAACAAGCGAAACGCCUACUCAGGAAAACUAUCUGGGGGCAUGCAACGCAGGCUAUCAAUUGCCAUCGCAUUUGUCGGUGGCUCGAGGACCGUUAUCCUCGAUGAGCCGACCGCCGGCGUCGAUCCCUACGCGAGGAGAGGCAUUUGGGAGCUCGUACUUAAGUACAAAGCUGGUCGUACGGUAAUUCUCACCACACACCACAUGGACGAAGCCGACCUCUUGGGAGACCGAAUCGCUGUCAUCAACGAGGGUCAACUUCGCUGCUGCGGGUCGUCUUUGUUUCUUAAAACGCGUUUCGGAUCGGGCUAUUAUCUAACUCUUGUGCGGGAACUGCCAAAACACCUGCCCAAGUCUCCGAGGAUAACGCCCGAUGACAACACUCAUAAAGGCGUUGAGGAACAGACCAUUACCCGAUCGAAUGGGAGUCGCACAGAUGACGAUAACAUGGAAAACCUCAAAGUCUUGAUUCGUCGACAUAUAGAGGGCGCUGCCCUUGUGAGUUCAACCGGCGUCGAAAUGUCGUUCCGUUUACCUGCUUGCCCGGAUACAUAUUCAUCGUUUGAAAAACUGUGUAGAGAACUCGACGCCAAUCUAGACAGGUUAGGAGUAAGCAGUUACGGUCUGUCGGACACUACAUUGGAGGAAGUGUUCCUUAAGGUAACAAAAGUUGGCGAGUCUGCAAAGUCGCUGAGCACGGACCAAGUGUGCAAGGAGUACGAUCCCGCGCCGCCGUUCUGCCAAAAGCUGGCCGGCUUCUUCCGAGCUUUUCAUGACGGUAAGGACGACCGGGUGUCGAGCAACUUCCACAACAAGGACUACAAGGACAACGCCGAGACCUCAGAGGAGACCGGCCGCCUAACACAGGAUAGCUUCAUGAGCCACCGGCCAGACGUGGAUCUACCCGCACCGGUGUCAAAGGAAGUUGUAAUCGGUGCGCUGCUACAUCGCCGUCAGCUCGCGGCUAUGUAUCGUCGACGGUUGCAGCGAAAUACUCGUAAUCUAAAGGGGCUAUUCUGCGAAAUCAUUCUGCCUGCAUUUUUUGUCUUUCUCGCCCUCUUGUUCACGCUACUUAUCCCGCCACUGUCCGAGGAGCCCUCGUUAGAACUCCUCCCCUGGCUAUACGGCCCACCCAACAACGUCUUCUUUAGCAACGAAGACAACAUGGAUCCUCUGAAUGAGAAAUAUGUGGACACGCUACUGUCAAAACCUGGACUAGGGAUCCGCUGCAUGAAGAGCGUCCGACUACAGGACAUGCAGUGUAGGUCUGACUUGUUGACCAACACAUCGACCUUAGCAGAGCCGUACGACCUUGUGGCUGCCAACCAUGUUGAGACGUGCGAUUGUUCCGUGGGCACUCUCAAAUGCCCCCACGAACCACCGGCCCCUCCCUCGCUCAUUACACCUACAACAGAUGUCCUACUCAAUAUGACUGGACGAAACAUAUCCGACUGGAUUGUGAAAACCUGGAAACAAUAUCACAAAAGACGUUAUGGUGGCUUCCAGUUCGGCGUUAAGAAUCCUGUGGUUUCGCUUAAUUAUACGGUUUUACAGUUACUCGUCGAGCGAAUGUCCGAAAUGAGCGGAUUGGAUUCGCACGCUACGUUUGACAUUCUUGCUCAAAGGAUCACAAGCACACAGGUGCUCAACAACGCUAAAGUCUGGUUCAACAAUAAGGGCUGGGCUUCUUCCGUGGCCUACAUGAACGCCUUGAACAAUAUCCUAUUGAGAGCGCAUCUUCCACCAGGUGAAGAUCCGGCCGACUAUGGAAUAUCCGUGAUCAAUCAUCCGAUGAAUUUCACACAAAGUCAGCUGCAAGACGAACUCUUGUAA